AUGAAGAGAGCAUGUUCAGUCCGUGAUAUAUUUAGAAUUCGUAUUAGGCUAUUAAACCAUGUACAGUGUAGAUCUACAUGUGUUUAGAAUAUGACUUAUAAUGUUAGCAAUCAUUAACUUUUGCUGAUAUUCUAACCGUCAUCAGUGCUCUUAGUUUUAACAGUGCAAUGUCUACCCCUAAGAAGCUGCGCAUGGUCACCUACUUGUCCCCGGGGAUUCCCAUACAGGUGUUUGAGGUGCUUCUCCACUACUUAGAGGAGGUGACGGGCCUGGAGGGGUACCUCAUUACUGAGUCUCGCUGGAGUGGACCUCCCACAGGCAGGAGUGACCCAUUUACAGAUGAUAUUGCUGAUAUUGGAUUCAUGUGCAGUACUGCUUAUCUGAAACUGAAACAUGAAGAGAACAAACAUAUAGAGUUAUGUCCAGCGGCCCCAGUCCAUCCACAUGCCAAGGGAGGCAACCUCCCAGUCUACUUCUCUGACAUAGUGGUUGCCAGCAGUAAGAAGGCGAAUUACACAACCUUUACAGACCUCAAAGGACAGUCAUUUGCGUUCAAUGAUCAUAUAUCUCUGAGUGGAUGUCUGAUUGUCUUAGGCAACCUUAAGAAGAUGGGCUACAAUUCCAAUUUUUUUGGCAACGUACUACAUUCAGGUUCCCAUUUGAAGUCCAUACAAAUGCUUUUGGACAAUAAGGUCGAUGUGGCAUCCAUCGACUCCAAUGUCCUGCGGUUUUAUCUUCAACAAAAUCCAAAGCAGCGGGAGAAUUUGUCUGUGCUCACUUCAUUUGGACCAAUGCCAAUUUACCCCAUUGUCUUCAACUCCAGACUCAGUACUGAGAUGAAGAAGCAGAUAUCAGAUGCUCUGUUGAAUAUACACAAGUCGGCUGAGUGGGGGCCAAAAAUUAGAGAGUGGAACAUCCAAGAGUUUGUGGGAGUGGACGACUCUCUGUACAACCUAGAAACUGAGAUCAUGGACCUGGUCAAGGGACUGAGUCUAUCCAAUGUAUACUACUGACCAAACAACAGCCAUUUCAUCAAAGAUCUUGACUCUCAGAUUAAAGUUUUUUUUUCUUUCAUACAUAAAAUCGCCCAAGUGCUAUUCUGUCGUAGAAUAUGCAACUGUGUAAUUAUUUAUUGACUGUCAAACACAACAGUUGGCCAUUUAAUCUGUGAAACAUGUAACAGCAAAGUUUGAUAUUAAUAAUCUCGAGAUAUGAAAUAUCAGGAAAUCUGGUAGUCAAUCUCGAGAUAUGUAAGGUCAGGAAAUCUGUUAGUCGAUCUCAAGAUGUGCUAUGUCUUGAAAUCUGUUAGUCAAUCUCGAGAUGUGCAAUGUCUUGAAAUCUGUUAGUCAAUCUCGAGACAUGCAAUGUUAGGAAAUCUGUUAGUCGAUCUCAAGAUGUGCAAUGUCUUGAAAUCUGUUAGUCAAUCUCGAGACAGGAAAUCUGUUAGUCAAUCUUGAGAUGUGCAAUGUCUUGAACUUUGUUAGUCAAUAUACCGGUUGUAUUUUGUGUGCUUCUGUGAUGUGCGAUGAACUGAUUAUGUGCAAAUUGUUGCUUUUAAAUAUAUUUUUACAUACUUAUUUUUAGGUGGCUCAGGUUAGAUUUUAUAAUAUUAGAUAUUUACAAAGUACAUAUAGAUCAGUAUUAAAAUAUUUAUUACAAA